AAAGUGUCACGACUAUAUACGCUUUAUAAUUGGUCAGCCAGGCCCAUUGCGUUUAAAAGGGGGAGUUUUCAAGGGAGCAGGUGAAUUUCUGCAUCUGGAAAUGUCAUUGGCUGGAAAGAUCACAUUCUUUGUUCCUAUAGGUUUGUGCAGACUGUCAAUCAAAUAAGGGCGGGGAUAAACAGACUUCGCGGCCAUGUUGAAAGUUGCUAUGACAGUUACUCCUUAGGAAAAUCGCUCAACUCACAUAACUUUGCUGAAAAUUGUUUGGGGAGUUUUUACAGAAGCACAGUUGCAGCCUACGCGGCGCAAACUCGAGAGUAUCCUUCAUUCCCAUGAAUUUCCUUGAUCCAGGAAAUGGAUCAGGAUGAAAGGCAGAGAAAAUUAGAGGCCGGACGAGCAAAGCUUGCUUACUUUAGACAGCGCCGGACAAAAAGCGAAAGUUCGAGGACGCAGGAAAAGACGGAGAAGAGGAAGGGCCAGACUCUCCAGGCGAAUGACCGAUCGGCACAAGAGCGCCACCUAGAGGAACCACAAACAAGCUAUAAUCAUGGCGAGAUUAACAAGGGAAACUUGGAGGUGUCACUCAGACCUGACAGCACAGACAAGAGUGUUCCAGAGGUUCAUUUGGGCAACCGGGAGGCAGAUGCUGCACAGGAACAGAGCUCCUCUUCUGGGUCUCUGGCAGAGUCAGAGCUGCCUGACCAGGCAGAGUGUGAACUUGCAGAAAUGAUCAUAGUUGCACACAGUGGCAAAGAACAACUGAAGCAAUUACAGGCUGCAGUGGAAAAGCGGAAUGAGAUCAUUUCACAGCUGAGCAUGAACCUGCAGUUGGCGCAGCAGAGCAGAGACCAGGUACAGCUGGAGGCACAGCAGCUCGUGGGUCAGAUUCAGGCUCUACAACAGCAGCUGCAGCAGUUGACCAAGGACCAACAGUGCCUACUGGCCCAAAAGGAAGCUGAGAUCACAGACUUGCAACAGAAACUGGGUGUCAUGGAGAAAUCCCUCUCUCAGCUUCAACAUGCCUUUACUCAAAGAAACACUGAUCAAUUGGAGCCAAGACUUGACCAGCUCACUGGUUUGGAUGAAUGUACUUUGAGCCCUCUGUUCCCAGAGAACAGUCUUGACUCGAACUCUGACGCUUUACUAAAAAGGCUUAGAGCCGAUCUAGAAGAAGAGCGUAAGAACACCCAGCAAGCUCAUGAACAAAUAGAGGCCUUUCAGAAGAAGGUGCAGAGUUUGGAGAAUGAGAGGACUGUGAUGGAAGCUCAUCUUUCUGAGGUUCAGGCACAGCUAAAGGUUGCUGAGAAACAUGCCCUUGAGGCCCAGCAGGAUAAAGCAGAGAAAGGUGAGCUGAACCGAGAAAUGGCCAGAUUGGACAACCUUGUGAAGGAGCUUAAAAAUCGUCUUCAGGAAGAGGAGGAAUCAGGACGGCAUUUACGUUCCAAAUAUGAAGCUGAUAUUUCCAAUUAUGAUCUCAGGCUUCAAACUCUGGAGGAGGAAAGGGACUUGAAUGUAGCCCAGGAUGUUUAUAGCUUUGACGUCUCUGCAGGUGGUUUCCAGGAUGUGCUGAUGGAGUGUUACUUGGCCUCUGAGGGGGUUCAAGAAAGCGUAUUAAUUGAAGGCAGUCUGGAGGAACGUAGCCUGGUGGAGAACUCUGAAUCAAGGUUUGACCUAGACAGUGAGGUCAUAUGUCAUCCAUCAGAUCACCCUAACAAUGUCGCAUCUGAUGGGGAUAAGUCGCAACCUGUACUGUUUGUAGACCCUGGCAUUGGAGAGAUCCAGCUUGGUGAAAUGUCCUUCACUGAUGCCCAAUGGCAAAAUUCAACCUCUGUUAUUGAAGAGCUGAAUGAGAGUGCAGGCACUGUGGAUCUGGCAAAAGAGCUUUUGAUCCAGCAAUGCAGAGACUUGUCGGAACAGUUAGAAGACCAGGAUCGACAGCUUGAGGUACUUCAAGAGGAGGUCCGCCACUCUGCAGAAGAGGUCGAGGAGGCACGGGAGUGCUGGAGUAAAGCUUCAGAGGAGCUUGAGGAAGCUAAGUGGGAGCAGGAGAUGGAACGGGAGAAAAGGGCUCAAUAUGAGGAGACUGUUAGCCAGAAAACUCAUCAGGAAGACAACCUAAAGAACAUAGUUAGCCACCUGCAGAGCCAACAACAACUGUUGCAUCAGAACAAAGAAAGGAUAAUGCCUGACAACAUUGAUUCCGACAAUAAGAAUUCUACUUUAACAAUGGAGGAGCUGCUCAAAGAACUAAGGGAGGAAAAGGCACAAUUGGUGCUACAGCUCAAACGACAAGAGCAGCUAGCGAAGGAUGUCCAUGAGCAGAAAGCAGCAGGUGACUCUGUAAGUAGUGAGGUUCACACUCACUUUGGCAGACAGCUUUCCUCUUUGCAAGGUCAGAGAGAUGAUCAUCUUUCUAAGCUGGAGCAACAAAGGGAAAAUAACAAGGCUACCUCCAUGUUGCUUGGUCAAAGGACCCUAGAGCUGGACCAAGCCAAUCUGGAGCUUCAGCAACUCAAAGCUGAAUUAGAGGAGAAAGUUGUUAGGUUGCAGGACUUGGAGAAGGAUAAAACUGACUUUGAGUCUAAAUUAACGUGCCUUAAAGAGAACCUCACCAACAUGGAGGAGGAGAAGACUGUCCUGGAAAGACAUCUCCAAGCUUUGCAGAAACAAGCUAAGAGCAUGGAGGAGGUUCUAGAAUCAGAGCUGAAGGACUUUGAGCAACAUCUUGAAUCUAAAGACGCAGAGCUCAAGGAAGUUAGGGAAGCACAAGAGAAAGCAGAAGAGGAGUACAUGGAAAAAGAGAGUGCCUUGCUGAAAGAACUUACCGUAGUCAAAAAGGAUCUGCAAGAAAGACAGAAAGAACAUAAAGAGGAGCAGAGAUGGCUGGAAGAGAAACACCAGAGAGAGGUUGAAGACUUGAAUCUACGCUUUGAGAGGCAACUUUCCGAGCUGCGAUCUCAUCUGGAUGAUGAACAGAAGAGACAGAUCAGCUUGAUUAAACAGGUCAAUGAAAGCGAGCACGAGAGGGAGUUGUCUCAGCUGGCAGCCAAACAGAGUGAGGAAAUUUCCCGUCUUAAAGAUGAGCUCUCCAGGGAGCUGCGAGAUGGCCUGGAGGCUGCACACCAGGCUGAGCUACUUCAAACACAAAGCCAGCACAACCUAGAGGUUGAAGCCUUGCGUCUGAGCCUGACCAACUUGCAUACGGCUCAGCUUGAGCUUUCUCAAGCUAACAUGCAGAAAGAGAGGGAGGCAGCGCUCAGCGAGCUGCAAACCAUGCUGCGGGAGAAAUGGUCACAGGAGAGUGCCAUGCUGCAAGCGCGGCAACAGUUUGAGCUGGAAAGACUCCGUGAGCAGUGCCGAGAGCAGGAGGAACGAGCCCAGAGUCUGCACCAGCAGGAGAUUGAUAAUCUGAAUCAGGAGUGGGAGAGGCAAGUUCUGGAAGAACAGGACUCUGUGGAAAGGUUGCAGGCCAGUAAACUGGAGGAUCUAAAGGCUGAGUGGUUUGUGGAGGCUGAGAUGGCCAGGACAGAACUCCUGGGUCGAUUAAAUAACACUUAUCAGAAACUGAGUGAGACCCAGGCGGCUCUCAGUGAGGCUGGGGAAGCUCUGGCGGAGACACAGGGUAGGUUAGAAGCGUUGGAGCUUUCUAGAGAGAAGGACAACAACAAUCUGGAGAAAGACCUCAACCAAGCCUUGGCUGACAGAGAUGCUGCUGCUCGUGCAGUUGAGGAGUUGGUUGCUUGUCAGAAGGUGGCACUGCAGGAGCAACAGGACCGUGCCCGAGCCAUGGAACUGAGAGAAAAAGCUCUGAAGCAAGAGGUUGACCGUCUGCAGUCAGAAAGGGAGGAAUUGAAGGCCAAUUCAGAACAGGAGAUCUCAAACCUUUGGACCCAGCUGGAGUGCAUGAGAACCAACAGACAAGAGCUCGGAGAGCUAAAGGAGCAGUUGCUUGCUCGCUCGUCACGGGUUGACGACUUAGAGCGGCUGAAGCAGGAAUUUGCUCAACAGCAGCAGGAAAUCAAAGAACAGAAUGAGGUGGAGCUAGAGAACCUCCGAACCUACUUUGAUCAGAGACUCCGGGAAGCAGAAAAGAGUCAUCGGGAAGAGAUCGCACUCUUGCAGCUGCGACUCGUAGAGGGACCUCUGGAGGACUCUAUGCUCAAGAUCGGGGAGGCAAGCUUUCUCUCUGAAGGGAAGAGUAAAGAAGAAAGAGGUGACUCUAUGGCAGAGAUCACGCAGCAACAGGAAAAACAUAAGGAGGAUCUGGACUUCCUGCGGCUGCAGUUGGAGGAGAGACACCAGCAGGAGUUUGAGCAGCUGCGGUCCAGCAUUGGUCUAGCUUAUAAGGAAGAAUUACUGCUGGCUCACACUGAGCUCACUGACCGUUACUAUAAAGACAUCGACCAACUCAACACCAAACAUGCCCAAGAACUUGAGCAGCUCCGUGCCAAACUCUCAGACAACCAAAUCAAAGAAAUUACCAAAUUACGGCUACAGUCAGCACAGGAAAUAGUGAGGCAGGUGGAGGCUGAAGUGGAAGAGAGGUCUCGGCAACAUCAGGCCAAGGUGACCCAGCUGGAGACCCAUUUAUCCCAGCUCUCCCUAAAACACACACAGGAACUGGAGAGAGUGGCGGAACAGCACAGACAGAAGGAGGAGAUGCUGCAGAAAGACUUUACAGAGGAGUUGAGGGUGUGGCUUGAGGAUGCGCAGAAGGAAGAGAGUCAACGUGUGAGCGAGGAGGUCACCCAGAGGAGUGCUGAGGAGCAGGCCCGGUUGAGGGAGCAGCUUCAGAAGCAGGCGGAGGAACAUCUGGCCUCCCAGAGAGAGAAGCUUCAGAGAGCCACCCUGGAAGAGAGAGGGGAGUUGGAGCAGAGGCUGGCUGAGGUCCAGAAGCUUCUUGAUGCAGAAAGAGAGAGGCUUCAAGCCCUGCAAAAGAGUCUUGACUGUGAGGAGAACCCUCAGCUGAUGGCAUUGAAGCAGAAACUUCAGGCACAGUACGACAGAGAGAUGUGCACCGCAAAGAGCACCAUGGCAGCAGAGGUGAAAGAGUUGAACGCUUUGCUUCAGGAUCAAAUGGAGAACAAGCUACAGGAGGCCAUCUGCAGACACCAAGAAGAACAAAGGCAACUGGAGGAGAAGUUGACCCAUCAAAGAGAUGCUACGCUGGGGCUAUUGAGAGAACAGCAUGCUGUGGAGCUCCAGGCCCAGAAAGCUCUUUUGGACCAGCAAGCUGCUCAAAUAGAGCAUCUUGAAAAGGAGUGCCAGGAGCUCAAACUACACCACCAAGAGGAAAUGGAAUCCCUGAGGGCCAAUCACAAAACAGCAUUCGAGACCUUGAAGAUGGAGGCUAUGGAGAAACACAAGGUAGAACUUGACAAACUGGAGGCGGUACUUCAGGAAACCAAUCUGGUGCAGCUUGAAGCUCAAGAGGCGGAGCUUCAGGCACGGCACAAACAGGAGAGGGAGGAGCUUGAGAAGAGGCUGUUGGCAAACAUGGAUACAAUGGAGAGCACUUACCUGAAAGAGAUCCAGGCUGUACAGGAUGAGAAGAAAGCAGAACUGCAUGACCUUCAGGCCUCACUGAAAGAACGCUAUACUGGAGAGAUUGAGAAGCAGAGGAAGGAGGAGCAAACCAUCAGAGAGGAGCUCAGGAGUGAGCUGGCGAAGGUUCAUAUGGACAAGUUUAGCGCCAUGGCAAUGGAACUACGUCAAGCUCAUCAGGAGGAGAUGUCUGAAGUUCUCUCCUCUCAGAGGGCUGCUCUGGAGGAUGAGCAUUACUCUGCUCUGGAAGCUCUUCAGCAGCAGGUGGUUGCUUUAGAGAAGCAGCAUAGCGCUGCUCUACUGGAGAUCACUGAAAUUGCCACUGCAGAUAAACUGCAACAAAAGCAACAACUGGAUGUGCUGGCCACCCAGCAUCAGCAGCAACUGCAGACAUGUGCUGAAGAGACCCUGGCUAAGGCGGAGACUGCUCUGCGCGAGAGAGAGCAGCAGCUUAUCCACCUGAAGGCAGAGCACGAUGCUCUUAGGGCGGAGCUAGUAGCAGUUAAGGAGGGCCUUAGUACCAGCACAGAGAGAGCAGAGAAGCUACAGGAAGAGGGACAGACUAAAGAUCGUGCGUUGGCUGAUCUGGAGGUUCAUAACCAGCAUCUGAAAGCAGAGCUACGGAGUCUGCAGGAUGACCUGACCGUGCAGGAGGAGGAGUUGGCCUACCAGCAGACGGAGCUAGAGCAGCUUAGACAGCGCUGCAGCCUACAAGAACACCAUCCCAAACACAACCACCGCUUUCUGGACGGCCUGUCCAGUGACCCAUCCCUCUCUGCCUCCCUCUCUUCCCCAGAGGUAUUGCGGAGAAUGGACUGCAGGGAAGACCGCCCCUCUCGCCUGCAUGUAUCUCACCUCUCUGAGCUCAGCGCACUACACAACGCCAGCUUGGAGCUCUGCAGCAAGCCCUCACCCAUGGAGCGGGACACAGAGAGACCACAAGCCAGACAAACAUUCAUCCCACCUGCAGAGACGGACCAACCUAGCACACACUCUCCAUCACAAUGCUCGCUCACUGUGUCAGAACACCUCUCUGUGCUUGACUCGUUGGAUGCAGAUAAGAUUCAUGAGUUAGAAAAUCUGGAUGUAACAUCAUCUCGGUCUCCACUUGGCUCCACGUCUCCUGUGUCUGUGCCGGAGUGGGUCAGCGAUGGAUACGGCAGCAAUGUGAGCUCGGAGUUGGAGGCCAUGCUGAAGCUUGAAUUUGAGAAUACGGAGCGUUUGGAUGCACAUUUUGUGGAGUAUCUGCGCUGCAGAGGAAUGUCACCUGCUGAAAACACAGACAGCGCUGCGGGCAGCAUGCACGAAAGCCACGAGCGCCUCACACCUGAGCUACAGGCUAUGUUGAAGCGUGUCUACCAGGAGAGCUGCAGAAUCUUGUCCUUGUCCCAACGCCCCACCCCAUCUGGUCAGUCCCAUCCAGAUUCUGAGCCUGCCCCACCCCCCUCCUGGCAGAGGGAGAGGCGGGCCUUACAGGAGACCAUCCUGUCACUCAGAGAACUGCUCUGCAGGAUGGCUGACAGGGAACCCAGGACCGACAGUAGGGAUGUGGACUGGAGGCAUGAGAUGUUGCAGGCUGUCCGCAGUGUGUUUGACAGCGAAAGGGAGUGGCUUCACUCUCAACUUCAGGCUGUCAUGGGAGCAAACACUCAGAUAGACCACACCCCUUUGAUGGACCAGUUGCAGAAACUGUUUCAGAAACAGGAGGAGCAGCAAAGGAGGUCUUUAGAGCAGUUGUUCAGUGCUGACCGUCACAGUCUGUUGGCUGAGGUGCGCAAUCUGCAUGAACAGUUGCAUGCAAGCACACGACAGAGCCAGGAACAGCUGCAGCAGCUGCAGGAUUCCCUGCACACUGCAAAAGAACAAGGCACACAAACACAACACCAGCUGCAUAGAGAACUUGAAGAGCUUGAGCUGAGGCUGGAGCAGGAACAGACGCUGUCUCAUGAUCUGCGCUCCACUCUGGAGGCUGAAAAGGCUCGGGGGGUGGAGCAGCAGAGACAGCUAGAGGUGGAGCUGAAGGCGGUUUCAGAGUUGAAGGUUGAGCUAGAGGAGACCAGACUUCAGCUUCAGUCAGCAUGCAAAAAUCAAGAGGAAUUAAGGAGCCAGAUUAACAAGCUCAGGCUAAAUGUGGAAAAUGUGGAGGCUGAACAUCAGGCCUGCUUCCAGGCAGUGGAGAAAGAGCAGACUAGAGUGCAAGAACUGCAGGAGGAGCUUCAUCAGCAGAGACUCUGCAACCAACAGACAGUUCAGCAGAGCCACCACACACAGGAGUCGUUGCACCUGGCUUUGAAUGAGCAAGCAUCUCAUCUCAGUCAACUUAACUCAGCUCUGGAACAGGAGCGUGUGACAGUCAGUAACCUCCGCUCGGAGCUCCAGAUUGAGCAGUCUCGUUGUGAAGCUCUGCUGGCCCAGGAGCGUGAACGCACCAAACUUGCAGUCUCUCGCCUUGAGGAGGAGCGUUCUCGAGCGGCGGAACUCUCAGAUUCACUAUCCCGUCAAGCCCAGGAACACGCACGCCGCUUCGAGGAGGAAGCUCGCAGACAGGAAUCAGCCAGUGCCCAUGACAGGAAGUUCAUUCAGGAUCUACGGAUGCAGCUGGAGCAGGAGAGACGGCAGGGGGAAGAUCUAGCAGCCAUGUUGGAAUGUCUGCAAGGACAAGUGCUGGAAAAGAAGCACAGACAUGCUCAGGAGGCAGAGCAGGCUGCACACAAGGAGCAGGAAGAAGCGAGGAGGCUCCGUGCUGCUCUGGAGGGCCUGCAGGCUCAGAAGACGGAGGUGGGGCGCACCCUAGAGGCAGAGCGAGAGAGAGCCACUCAGUUACAAGCAGAGUUGGAUGGAAUGAAGGAAAAGAUGAAAGAGGAAGGAGUGAGGGAAGAGCAGAUGGAGAGGCAGGUGGAAAAGGAGCGACGCCACGAAUGCACCAACAAGAAAGUGUUGGAACUGGAGUUGUUGCAUCAAAGGGAUCAGCAGAGAUUGAAGCAGCUGCAGGAAGAGAAACAGCUCGUAUCAGAACGCCUGCAGAGAGAGACGCACUCAAAUGGCUUGAACUUGACCCAGAACAUCCUCAAAAAACAAUCACAGGACUCUGCCUCAUCCACUCCCUCUCUAACUGAAGGAUUGCUGAAGGAGAACUCUGAGUUCUCCGAGUGUCUCGCUGCUCUGAAUGAGGAGAAGGUCUCUCUCAAGCACACUAUAUCCUGUCUGGAGAGAGAACUGCACAGCCUCAAAUGCCAGGAGCAGGUGAAGUCUCCUGCACUUAUGGAGCAGAGCAUGUUAUCAGAGAAACUGGCCUGGCAGAAGGAAAAAGCAGCUCUUCAGGCUGCAUUACGAAAGGCUGAGGCUGGUCUCUCAAAGGUCACUGCUAGCAAUGAAAACAGAACCAUCUCCGACCUCUCAAACAACAAGGUGCAGCGGCUCUAUGAGAGAUACCUGCGAGCGGAGAGUUACAGAAAGUCACUGGUGUAUCAGAAGCGCUAUCUGCUGUUGCUGCUGGGAGGCUUCCAGGAGUGCGAGCAGGGUACACUUGCGCUUAUUGCUCGUAUGGGCGCACAACCGACGUUGAGCCAACCACAAGUGUCCAGACCCCUAAAUCGCUUCAGAGCAUCCGUUAGAGUAGUUAUCGCUAUCUCAAGACUGACGUUCCUCACCAGGAAAUGGCAAAGAGCUACAAGGAAAAUCUCAGUAGGCAGUGCCAUGGUUAACGUGCAUGGAACAGGACAAAGCACAGUUCCCACUUUAAGGACUGAAGUGCUGAAGCCACAGCAGACUGGAGCUGCGUUUAACUCUCCACCCACCCGUGAUCAUGCUUUGACCCAAAGGGGCAUGGUCUCGUCUCUGGUAUCACCAAUCAAAUCCCCCUUCAGACUACACAAUAGAAUGUACCCAAGUCCUGUGCUGGGACCAGUUGACCGCUCCUGCAGCUCUUCCCAAGAUCAGGAACACUCCCUCACGGAGUAUAUUCAACACCUGGAGACAGUCCAGCAGCGGCUCAGAGCUGGUUUUCCUGGUUCAUCAUCAGGGCUCCCUUAUGCCAGAAAAUCUGACCGAUGAAUGAAGAAAUAUCACCAGUGCCAGUGUUUAAAUUAUUAAUUUUUUACCUUCAUAAAUUAUUUUUAUGUACUGUUUUUCUUAUCCAUCUUUAUCUUUUCAGCUGAAGUAACUGAAAUGAUAACAUUGAUAACCUAAAUAUUUUUUAUAUACUGUAUAUUUGUAUGCAUUUUACAUUUUUGAAUGGUCUGAAAAAGUCCAUGUUUAAUUUUUUUUUUUUUCUUUUUACAUGUCAUCCACUGUAAG